AUGGAGCUCUCGACGGAUCACUCUCCCUAUCAAUAUGCCACAAUUGGGAGCCAGCAGCACCAACGCCGCACUCAUGCCACACAGGCCAAACUAACUGAAGGUAUAUUGCACCCCACUGCUGAAGAUAGAAGCAGGGAGGGAGGGCACGCUGCCGCCUUUUCGCACAGUGGUCCGGCGUGGAGCCUUAGGGGUUCGAUUCUCGGAGCUUGGAAGAUGCUACUGAACUGCGCCGCCAUGAGCCCAACCGUUGUUCGGGACGCUCCGGCAGUCGCGCAAUGCCGGCGACGAGAGCCCUCUGUUGCCGCACCAAUUCGGCGGGGGGAGUCUGCCCUAGCGGCCUUACGCUCCUGCCGGGUGGGUCCUGUGGCAGUCGGCUUACCGGCGCGGGAGACUGAGCAGGGCGGUGGAAAGGGUUUUGCAGAGCGGUUGAGGCUGGGGAGGCUUGAAGAGGAUGGGUUUUCGUUCAAACAGAGCAUCAUUGUUCGUUCCUAUGAGGUGGGGAUUAAUAAGAGGGCAACCGUUCAAACCAUCGCCAAUGUCCUCCAGGAUGUUGGUUGCAAUCAUUUACAAAGUGUUGGGUUUUCUAAUGAUGGUUUUGUCCCAACCACCAUCAUGAGAGAACUUCGUCUUAUGUGGGUAUUUUCUCGGAUGCACAUUGAAAUAUACGAGUAUCCUAAAUGGGGUGAUGUUAUUGAGAUUGAAAGUUGGUUCCAAGGAGUAAGAAGAGUUGGCAAUAGGCGUGAUUGGAUUCUCAAAGAUUUGGAUACUGGUUUGGUUAUUGGCAGAGCUACAAGGUCAGGAUAAAUGACUACUUUAGGAAUAUUUGUAUUUCAGUUCCACUUUUGUUGAUGGUCAUAAUAAGUAAUGUUGUCAGUAGUGGUUGAUUAAACCAGAAAAUGGCAGAAUAAUCUACUA